CCCAGCCUUCCCUUUUUCUUUUUCUUCACAAUCACUUUUGUACCUUUAUCUCACUCUUCCCUUCACUCGCUUGUUUGUUUAUCUCGAAAAAUGGUCUAUCAACGCAUUCCACAUGAAGAUCUCGCCAAGUCCGCUUUGGCCAAGUUGACUGAUGUCGCCAGCGCUGCUCUCGGCAGCACCAUCAUCGAGGUCACUGACGAGUUCUUCGCCGCCGCCACCAACAUGAUCAACCCUGCCCCACCAAUCCACGCCCCCGGCAAGUUCGUCUCGACCGGUGCCUGGAUGGACGGUUGGGAAACCAAGCGUCACAACCCUACCUACGACUGGGCCAUCAUCAAGCUCGGUUUCGCUGGCUCGAUCCGCGGUUUCGAUGUCGACACCAGCUACUUCACCGGCAACCAGGCUCCUGCUGCCUCUGUUGAAGCCGCCUUCGCUCCCGAUGGCAACUUGAAGGAUGCCAAGUGGGUCGAGAUCUUGCCCAAGGUCGACUUGCCCCCUUCGUGCCACAACGUCUUUGUUUUGGACAAGGAAACCGAAGUCUACACUCACUUGCGUGUCAACAACAUCCCUGAUGGUGGUAUUGCUCGCUUCCGUGCCUACGGUACCGUUCAUGCUAUCUUCCCUGAGGACAAGUCCACCGUGUUGGAUUUGGCUUUUGUUGGUAACGGUGGCCACACUGUCUUCUGCACCAACGAGCACUACACUCCUUCCAGCAACUUGUUGUUGCCUGGCCGUGGUCAGAACAUGGGCGAUGGUUGGGAGACCAAGCGCUCGCGUAUCCCCGGCUACAGUGACCACACCGUCAUCAAGUUGGGUGCCAAGGGUCACUUGCUCAAGGCUGUCCUCGACACCACCCACUACAAGGGCAACUAUCCCAACAAGAUCACCUUGGAAGCUACCUCGACCGAGCAAGAAGUUCCAGAAGAGUCUGCUGCUUGGACCUCUUUGAUCGAACCUUCCUCCGUUGGUGCCCACGGCUUGUACUACUUUGACUUGCCCUCCACUGACAAGGCUUUCACCCACGCCCGUUUCACCAUCUAUCCCGAUGGUGGUGCCAAGCGUUUGCGCUUGUACGGUAUCCGUGAAGGUGGCAAGCUUCCCCAGCUUCCUAUUGCCAACCCUCAAUUCGAAAAGUUCGAUGACGAAGUCAACGGCAACGCCAACUAAGGAAAUUGAAAUUAUCUAGUAAGACUUCUUAUAGCUGUAAAGCUCUAGUAGCAUACCAAAAUUUACCCUUUCUUCUCUCCUCUUAACCAUCUCACCCCCAUAUAUAUGAUGUGAAAAGCAACUUAGUUUUUGUCCUAAAAAUGUUAAAAAAAUAUGUAAAUACAUUAAAAACUUGUACACACUCAUAAACAUCACCUUCAUCUACACACAUCCAUUACUAAUUCCUCGCACGUGCUACUUACGCACCAUGUACACACAUCAACUAUUCACACUACUGCUGUCAGUAUAUAUAUAUAUAU